AAGAGGAUCUUGUGAAGAUUUCUUGCCAGAGAAGUGGAGAAAUCUCUUUCUCAGUGUUCAUUUUUACUCCUACCCAAGCGUAUCUCCUUCCUUCCAACCCUGACUGGACACUCUUAGAGCUCAGAGUCUUUCCAAUGGGAGUGUUCUUAUUUUCUCCCUCCCCUUUGCAUGGUUUGGGUUUGUUUUCUUUCCCUGCUUCAAUUUCAGCAUCACGUUCCAAGUCAUCUUUAUCCUAAACACCAAGACGAGGCAGCAACAGGAAAAGGCUGUUGCUCUGACGUACUUUGGGAUCUGUUCAGAGCCUGGCUAAGCUCUGAGGACAGCAUUAACGCUGUGGGAAGGCUCUGACUCAUGGAACAUGGUCAUUUCAUUGACCUUUCUAUAAUGUGAUGGUAGCAAUAACACCAAACACCAAAAUCUACGUGAAUGUUGAGCAAACAUUGUCUAAUCCUGGCAACACCCAAGGAGUCAAGAGACCGUCAUCCUCCUUUUGCAGCUAAGGGAAAACAAGCCUUAAAGAUGAUGAACGUUCUUAACUUGUGACAUUUUAUGGCAAAGGGAUUGGCAGCUCUUCUCUCUCUCUUUGGAAUCUUGAUUUAAAAGCAGAUUUAAAAGUCCUUGUCUGGGAUACAACAGCCCAGAGCUCAAGGUGCUGGUGUGUGCGGCUGUGCUGUGUGAGGAGGUACAGCCUGACAGGGAAAGGGCCAAGGCAGGAGCUCCGCAACCCCCACCAUGAUGGGGAACACCGUGUUCCUGUCAUUCGCCUUCUACAGCACGAUCCUGAUUCUAAAGAUGUACGUCGUUGCCAUCAUCACGGGACAAGUGAGGCUCAGGAAGAAGGCGUUUGCUAACCCAGAGGAUGCACUGCGCAAUGGGGGGCUGCAGUACUACCGGGAGGACCCUGAUGUGGAGCGCUGCCGCAGGGCUCAUCGCAACGACAUGGAGAACAUCUUCCCCUUCCUCUUCCUCGGAGCUGUGUAUUCUCUGCUGGAUCCCAGUCCUGCAGUGGCCAGGAUCCACUUCUUCAUCUUCUGCGUGGGACGCAUCGUGCACACCAUAGCCUACCUGCUGAAGCUGAGGGCUCCCACACGCUCCGUGGCAUACAGUGUGGCACAGCUGCCCUGCUUCUCCAUGGCCCUGCAGAUCCUCCUGGCAGCUGCCCCUUAUUGGUAGCACCCAACUGAACAAAGCAGCCAACCCACCCUGUCCUGCUCUCUGCGGCUGUGCCAGCACUGAGAUGUUUCUGGUGGGGGGGUGUGUGGGUGCUGCAGGGAUGCGUGGGAUGGCCUUGGUGAGGUCUCUGGGUCUGCUGUUGAAAUUAGGAUAGAGGGAACAGGCAGGGGAUGCUGAGCAGCUUUCCCUCAUUCCUGUCCUUGAGGAAGGGGAGUCAAUGGAGGAAAAGAGGUUUUCUGCAUCAGUGACCCAACGUGGGAUGGGGAAUGUUGCCCUUGGUCAGCAGCACCAAAUCAGGAGGGAGAAGCCACCGUGGUCCCACAGCUCUGCAAGAACUCUUGGUUGGUGGAUGUGGGUGCUUGCAGUGAGGGAGAAAAGCUUUUGAUCUGGUCCCAGCUUCAGCAUGGGAUGCAGCAGGGAAUGGCCAGAGCAGCCUGCAGAAAUCUCUGCCCUGCAGAGCUGUGUGCCUGCAGCCAUGUGCUGCUGCUGCCUGGAAGUGCUCGGAUGCUUUCAAUGUGCCCUGACAGGGGGGUUCUGCUGUGCUGCAUGAGGAUGGCCAACCUUAGGGAUGGCUCUGGGGCAGCCCCAUGGAGGACAGGGCAGGAGGAAGGCUCUGAGGACAAUGCAGAGCUUUGCUAAGAUUGCAGUGAGAAAGGAGGAUGAGCAGAAGAUGAGCUCCCUUUCCACCUGUCCUAAGCACUAAAGCUCUAUCCCUUUGCUGUGCUCUCCUCUGGGAUCCUCUCACCAAGACCCCACUGAGUAUCAGUGGGAAGAAGAGCAGCUUGGGCAGCUGCUCAGAGCCUCAUCCAGCUCAAUGAGGGCUCCCAGCCCAGCUGUGGCCUUGGCCUUGGGCUGAGUUCUUUGGGAGGUUUGGAGCACAGCACUCUGCUCUCCUGGGUGCAGAAGGAGGGCUGCAGGUCCCACAGUUUGCUCACUGUCCCAGCUCAGCAGAUAUCUUCAUAAUACUCCUUUCAGUGAGCCCAUGCUGCCUCACACGGUGCACAAGGUCUCCAAACCCCUGCACGUUUCUCUGCUGCUGCUUAUGCAUCCUGGUGGCAGGAAGCAAGUAUUCCCAAUAAAAACAAAUCAUUGUGCUCUGCUACAUCCUUCCUUCGGGAGCUGCCGAUGCAGCUGGGGCUGGGUCCAGCUGCAGGGAGCCCUGAGCCCCAUGGGGCCAGGAGUGUCCUGGGGCUCCUUGGGAGCUGAGCACCCUUCACCUGCCUGCAGCUCUUGGCAUUAUCGGGGCCAGUCCUUUAAAACCAGAGGAGCUGGGGCUUGUAGUGCAGCCAUGCUUGGCUUUCCUGCCCCAAGCAGCCCAACGUUUGGUGUGCGCCCAGCUCUCCUCCAAGCAGGUUUUUGCUAUAAGAUGCUUUUUCCAAGCAAACUCUCUCUGUAUUUCACUUGCAUUUCUUCCCAAUGGAGAUGCUUAAAUCCUGGAGGUGUUCAA